CGCCCCGCCCCGCCGUCCAGCCGCCAGGCCUCUCGCGAACAUGGCGCUCGUCCCGUGCCAGGUGCUGCGGGUGGCGAUCCUGCUGUCCUACUGCUCUAUCCUGUGCAACUACAAGGCCAUCGAGAUGCCCUCGCAUCAGACCUACGGCGGGAGCUGGAAAUUCCUGACGUUCAUUGAUCUGGUCAUCCAGGCUGUCUUUUUCGGCAUUUGUGUGCUGACUGAUCUUUCCAGUCUCCUGACUAGAGGAAGUGGGAACCAAGAACAAGAAAGGCAGCUCAAGAAGCUCAUCUCACUCCGGGACUGGAUGUUAGCUGUACUGGCCUUUCCUGUUGGGGUUUUCGUUGUAGCGGUGUUCUGGAUCAUUUAUGCCUAUGACAGAGAGAUGAUUUAUCCGAAGUUGCUUGAUAAUUUUAUCCCAGGGUGGCUGAAUCACGGAAUGAUCAUGAAGAUGAUAAGAAUCCUCAUCUUGUCCACAUGCUCCUUUACCUGAGUCAUAUUGAAAAGUGAAGAAAGAAAAGCAAGGAAAGAUUGUGGCAACCCACCAGGAAAUGCUCAACUCAACUUUUUCUUUUUUUCUAUUUGAAUCUGAACCUAAACUACCAAAUUUGUCUCCAAACUGCCUAGUCCUUUACGAAUACUGGUUAACUUCCCUGAGCCUAUUUGUGGUUAAGAUGGGGCUUCCCCAGGACUGAGUGUCCACCCAGCCCUCAGUUCUCUGUCAAAACCCUCCUCCUCCAAGACCACUCAUGCAUCGACUCUCCCUUAUAUCACAGAAGUGACCACCCCUCUUUUAUGAGCCUCUACCCCAUAUAUAUAUAUAUAUAUAUAUAUAUAUAUAUAUAUAUAUAUAUAUAUGCUGGCUUUCAAGUGUGCAGCAUGAUAACUUGUCCAGGCUUGCACAGCUAGCCAAUGUCCCAGCUGGGAGUAGGGUACUAGGCUAACGGACCCCAUCACACUUACCAUACCUAGGGCCUCUCUCUAUGGAGCUUUGUUAACAUGUAGUGUAUAGAUGCCUUUAAGCAUGAAUUGUCAUUAAUAUUUUGCAAACAUAUUUCAAGACAUUUUAGAGUGAUAAACAUUCCUGGCAUUUUAGAUUAUUUUCCUUUUCUUCAAAGCAGGAGUGACUUUUUCCUAUUGUUUUACCAUAUCCAUAUUCAGAGAAUGAGCUUGCCCUUAACGAUCUAAUUAAGGUGUUUUAACAUAGUUGCAAGGAUUAGCCCUGGUGGAUGGAAAUAUUUCCCCUUAAGGCAACUCCUUUCAUCCUUAUCAAAUACAUUAAUUCAUGUGACCUGGUAAUAUAUCAAAUUAUCUUAUAUGUACAAAUGCUACUCCUCACACUGCUACUAUCUGUAUGUGUUAGGAUAAAAAGACUGAUGUUAGUAAACAUCCUUUUCUAUAUCUGCCCUGCUGCCACACACAAUAGAGUGUCUUUUUUGUUCCAUUCUCUUUCUCAUACCAGGUUAACCCCCAAAGCCACUCUGUUUCUGUAUGCAGUUCUUCUAGUAGAUGAAGACAUGUGAGCCACCUCAAAAGGGCAGCUGAGUCAAAUGACCUCUCAAGCUUUUUCUGGUUCUAUCAUUCUAUGAAAAGGGUUUAGUGUAAGUAAUUUAAGAGGUUAGUCAGAAUAAAAUUCUCUGUUCAAUGAUCUUUUGAAAUUUCUCUACUGAAUUCCACUAGUGAGGAACUUACAGCUUGUUGCAGGAAUUCCUGAGAUUGACUGUGGAAGUACAUAGCACAGUACCUGCCACAUAAUAGGUUCAAUAAACAGAAGUCCCUUCAAAUAGGAUAGGAUAGGAAUCUUAUGGAAAAUAUACAAUAAAGUUUCCUUAUAGCUAAUGAUUUUAACUUAAUAUCAUAUAAUAGGUAAGAAGCUAGUGUCAAACUCUGUCUAAAGCUUCAAGGAAAAAUGUUUGGGUGGAAAUCUAUAUUUUUAGCAACAUCAAAUUUGUAUAUACUUCUCACAUAAAAAGCUAAUGAAAUUCCUUAAAAGUUUAUAUUAAAGGUAAGAUAUUUAUCCUUGGA